AUGGCAAAGAUAAUCGUCCAAGAAAUACAAGCUAGCUCUAAGAAGAAGGAAGGAACGAUAUACUUCCCUUGUUUGAUUACUGCUCUUUGCAAGAAUCAUGGUAUGCCUCAAAAGGCCAAUGAUGAAAAGGAUCACGGUGACUUUUACAAGUUUUCGAAGGCCAAGUUUGAAUGGCAUAAGAAGAUUAAUGACUGGAGUUACGAAGAAGAGAUGGACGUGCCUAUUUUCCCAUAUCACGUUAUAGGGGAAUUAGAAGAAGAAAAUAAGGAAGAGACUAAGGCUGGUGAAGGGAAGAAGAGUGAGAAGAAGAAGUAUAAAAAGAAAAAGAAGACAAUGGAAUUUAGGAAGCAUGCAACCACAUCUUCUGGCAUGCCCAAAGAUGACAGCCAAGAAAAUCCCAAAAAGAAGGUUAGGAAUGAAAAAAAGCCUUAUAAAGUGAUGAGUGUUGAAGUGCCCCUGAAAGAUAAUGUUGAGGAAAGUGUGAACCCAAAUAAAGAAGCUGGAGGAGAGAUGUCUGAUGAGGAUGAACAAACCCUAAAUGCGCUGAUAAAACAAGCAUCCAAGGACAAGAAGGAGACUGCUGAAGAAAACCAACCAGAUGCUGAGAAAAGUGAAGAUGUCAACAAUAAGGAAGAAGAUGAGCAAAAGGCAAAGCAUGAAGAGGUAUUGGGUGAUGAAGCUGAGGAUUCUACUAAAGACUCAUACAAAUCUGAGUUUGAUGUUGAAUUUGAUAUUGUGCUCACAUGA